UCAGUACUCUACUGUACAGUGCAAAAACUAAAUUAGUUGAACAUACUCAACGAUUUUAGCAAUGGACUCUUUAAUACGAGAAGAAUUACCAGAAAUUGUGAGCAAUGGUGCGUUUGGGAAAAACCUCAAAUAUGUCUCAUUCGAUUUGAACAAGGAUCACAUCGGACAGGAUCAAUAUAUGUCCACAGUGUUAUUUGGUACAGUUAACAUAUCUGAUGAAUCAAAAUAUAAUGUUGUGAUCAAAUUAAAACUUCGAGAUGAGCAGCAGUGUUCAAUACACAAAGUCCACUUCCAAUUCCACAACGAAAUUAUAAUGUAUGAAAAAAUUAUACCAUUUCUACUUGAAUGCCAACAAUCAUUAAAGAAAACCGAAGAUUGCAGGCCAUCAUUAGCUCGAUUUUUCUAUGGUCGUAAUAAAUGUGGUGAGUUCUUUGAAAGAGAUUUAAUAGUGUUAGAGAACGUUAAACCUCUGGGAUACCAAUUGAGCGAAGAACGGCUGUUCAUUGACUAUGAUCAUCUUGUAUCUGCAUUACGAGCGUUAGCAAAGUUUCAUGGGUUAUCUUACACAGCAAAAUGUAUAGAUCUUGACCAUUUCCAAAAAGUCAUCAUGGAUAUCCGAGAUACACAGUUUGAUAAAGAUGGGCAACGGUUAUUUAAAAAUGACGCGUUUAUAAGAUUUAGCAAGCGAGGUAUCGAUCGCCUGCUUGAACGUAGUGGUGACAUUUAUCGUAACAACGAGUACUUGAGACGAUUUAAUCAGCUCUUAGAUGAUGGAGACAACACAAUAAGACGAGUGCUCUGUCCUUGAGAACCAUUUUCUAUUGUGUGCCACGGGGAUUUCAACCGGAACAAUGUGAUGUUUCGUUACGACGAGACCGGUCUCCCAGUCGACGUGCUGCUGUUCGACUUUGGUACACCUCGUUACGGGUCCCCAGCGUUAGAUAUAUUGUUUUUCUUGUACAUGAACACUACGAAAAAUAUGCGUGAAAGUCAUUGGGACGACUUAUUGAACGAAUACUGCUCAACUUUGGUGAAGUCUGUACCUUCGGGAGUCCGCGUGCCAAACAGGACUGAAAUAGAUUCCGAGAUCGCUAUUUGUGCCUUUCAAGGGUUUUCAAACGUGUCGUUUUUCUUACCUUUUCAGAUGGAAACUGAUUUAAUUUGGAACGAGGAAAUGAAUGAAGAAGAAUCUAUUGAGUGGUUAUUACAGGUGGGUGGUGACAAUGCAACAGAUCGAGUGGCUGAUAUAAUCCAACACAUCGUUGACAUGAAAUACACGAAUGCGGAAGCAAUGUCCAAUUGCGAUUCGUCAGUACCAACCUCAACGAUACGCAUGCCAGCACGCGAACCGCGGCCGAACGCGAUGAUGGCGAAGGUGGAUGGAACGAUAGAGGAUAUGACCGCGGCAGAAGCGUUCGGGCCGGGUAGCCGGAUCGCGUCGUUCAAAGUGGAGGGGCUGCACACCGAACAGAACCAAUUCGCGUCGUCCGUGAUAUACGGUGUAGCUGUCGUCGACGACCGCGACGGCCAACGCCAUAGCCAUCGACUCGUGUUCAAGUAUAAGCAUCCGACGCCCGAGAUGCGGGAAUUUUACAACAACGAUAAUCAGUUCCACAACGAGGUCUUGUUCUACGAGCGGAUCGCGCCGUUCCUGUUGUCCCACAGUUCUCGGCGGAACGACGAUGAUUCCGCGACGACGGUGUUUUGUCGUUACUUUUACGGGCGCAACAUUUGCGGCGAUCAGGCGCUCCGGGACGUGAUCGUCUUGGAAAACGCAACCGUGAACGGAUAUCAAAUGGCGAUGGUCGACCACCGGUUGAGUUUGGAUUUCGAACACCUGACCGUGGCACUCAGGACGUUGGCAAAAUUUCACGGAAUUUCGUACAGGUCCAAGCGAGAUGACUUGAAGAAAUUCAAGGAGAUAAUUUCUGAAGUGAAAGAGACGCAAUGGUCCAAAAGCGGCGAAUGGGUUUUCCACCCCUCCGUACUCCAGAAUCUGUAUUCGGUGGCUUUGGAUUGUCUAAAACAACGUCACGCCGAGAGUGGUGAUAGUAACUGCGACGACAACGUUGUCGAGUGGAUACGAAAGUUCGAGUCAGAACUGUUGGCUGACCCGUUACAGAUGUUGAGACGCGUCACCUCUCCACUCGAACCACUAGCCGUGCUGUGCCACGGUGACUUCAACCGAAACAACCUGCUGUUCCGGUACGACGACAGCGGCCGGCCAGUGGACGUGCUGCCGUUCGACAUGGCGACCAUCCGGUACGGAUCGCUAGCCGUAGACCUGUCGUUUUUCUUGUACUUGAACACGGAUCGCCAGAUCCGAGAUGAUCAUUGGGACGAGUUGCUGGACGUGUACUGCGCGGCGCUGGCCGAGGAAGCCGGCGACGUCCCAGUGCCGAACCGCAAUCAGAUAGACGCUGAAAUGAACGAAAACGGAUUCGCGGGUCUGUCGCACGUGACGUAUUUCGCUCGCGUUAUGUUAGAGGAAAACAAACUUUGCGAAAGCGAUGAAUUCACCGAUGCCGAUAACUCCGAAAUUUCCGACUUGAUGCUCUCGUAUGGCGGCGACUUGGCCACCGAAUGGGUCGCCGACGUCAUUCAUCAUUUUCUCCGCCGCAAGUAUGCCAGAACAUCCACCGUCAAUGAUACAGCCAAUAAAAUCAGCACAUUAAUAGAAACAUGAAUGAUAAAAUAAACUAUUAUAAUUACUGCGAAUGUCAAAAACUUUUUUUUAUUUUAGCUGUUGAUCUCUCGAGAAAAAUGCUUGAAAUAUUUUACUCGUAGAUUUUGAUUAUUAUUUUAAAAAUGAAUUCAAUAUUAUUUUUAUUUGAUUAUA